AUGGCCAGCGACAGCGAGAGUGGAUCGAGUGGAUCCUCUAGCAGCGAGGCUGGGGGUACGGUGGGGCGUGGCAGAGCUUGGGUAGGUUUGCUCAGUUGGAAAGCCAUGGCACGAUCUUAUCCCAUGGAGUGGAGUGAGCUGGACCAAGGCCUCAUGGAUGCGGGAUUUGACUGGUACACGGUGUUCGAUGCCACCCUGGUUUCACAGUUUCCUGUCAUGUGGAUCAUGUCAGCUGUUUCCAAUCACCUUGCCUCUUUGCGCUUUGGGAAAUGUGAAUUCUCUGCCGAAACACACCUUCAUGCCUACAUGUCGUGGCUCCUGAUGAAAUGUGGAAUGGUUUGGCCUCAGCCAGAUGAUGCUGUUUGCAUUGAGAAGUUCACAUCGUUGGCACAUUGUUGGCAGACAGUUGAACGGCUCUCCCUUGAAGAGCUCAUGUUCCCGCAAAGAUGGGAGCACAAAAUCGAUGGUCCUGUCACUAUUGCAGCCAUUUUGGAUGUUCUCUUUCGUGACGCUCAGUCAGGUCAAUCAUCGAUUGUGCACUCGAUUUCAGAUGCUGAUUGUGACAUGAAUGAAGAUGAAACUCCAUGGAUUGAUUUUCCCUCGGUUGAUCACAAUGGAAGUGAUGCUUGCAUUGAUGCAGGUUUUUGUACGGUGAUUUUUGAUGGAGAUGCACUUGCGCCUGUCAAGCUGAAUCCUGCUGUUGGCACCACAUUGCAAGAGCUCCUGCUGGCACACGAGAAGCUGGUUGGAACUGCCUCCAUCCAGCAGUGCGUUGAUGCUUCUGGCCAAAGUUUGCCGCUUUCGCACUGUUUGACAGUAGGGGAAUUAAUCUAUGUCAAAUUCGACACCAAUGCUGUGAUUCCACAAGCCAUCCUGACUGCUGAUGAGACAAAGGCUACUUGCCUGGAUACACCUGUUUCACCCACUGCUGCCUGGACACACCCACCUGUUGCAAGUGGAUGGAAACCGUCCAUCUAUGAUAUCGGUGAAUGUUCUGUCGCAUUGCUGAAAGAUCAGCCGGAAUGGCUGAAUGCUGAACCAUUGACAGGACUGCAAGGUGACCAAUUUUUGUUGCUUUCAACGCCGCAGAUUUCCACCCCUCAACAAUUGUGGUCUGUUCGAAAUCAGUUUUUGAAAGUCCAGGACCGUCUUGCCAUUUUGGAAAAACAAGGACCCAUUUCUUCUGAUGAUGAAUUGCGGUACCAUUUGUUUGCUCUUAGUCAGAAAUUUGUGGAUUUGCAGGUUCAUUUUUCACAUGACACCGUCAAGCAAUUGGUCACCAUUGACCCACUGAUUGCCACUGCCUGGGUUCAGGGGAAGGCCUUUUCAUGUGAGUUAUGGGGACAAGAGCACGGCUUUGUCCACACGCAGUCAUUGCCAGUUGCCACGGUUUUCAAGAUUGGCUCGCACUGGGUCCCAGUGUCUAUGCAUCCGGUUGGAAACGCCUUGCAUGUCUUUGUGUGGGAUGCUGAUGGGUCUAAUCACCUCAAGUUGAAUGAAGUCAUUGAGUGUCUUGGACUUGCCAUGGGUUUCGUAUCGGUUUUCAUACAGCGAGACAAAAGAACUUUCAUCAGUUCUGAUCUUUGUGGUACGCUUGCAAUUGCAUACUUGCACAAUUUGCUGCUGCAUGUUCAAUUACCAUCAAACCAAGAAGAGACCAUGCAUCGGUUCCAUGUGUAUCGAGGUGAGUUCCUGAAGUCAUUGUCAACAUGUGACAUCACCCGAAGACCGUGGGCUUGGGCGAAGGGUGACACCACACAGCCGGGAGCUGCGUCGUCUCUUAGUGACACGGUCCAGCUACCCAUCACCCUGUCCCGUGAUCAGUGGACCGAAAGGAACCAAGAUGUGCGUCUGCAGGGCAAACAGUUGACUGGCAAUGUCGGCUUUGGUUUGCAGGGCUCUUUGUUGAAAGAGCUUGCCGCAGUUUUGACCCAGCAUGGAGUGCCCGUCCACUUGUCAGAGGAUCGUGCAAAUGAUGCCAUUAGGGUCAUUGGCAGUGAGUGCCCUGUGCCCGCUUACUGCUGCAUGUUUUUGGCUCUUUCCUUUGUUGGCUGUGUGCCAUCGGAAGCCUGUGCCCAGGUGCCCAUGUAUCCGCCUGAUGCCUCCCUUGCUGUUUGCAUGUUUGAAUCAGUUGCCUUGGCAGUUCGGGUGUGUGAUUUGCCUGAAGCUGUGACUUGCUAUGGUUGGGAUUUAAUGCCUUCCACGAUGUUUGAAUGGUGGUCUCAUUUUGCUGCAUUGCCCAUGCCAAUGCCCCCACCCAGACUUGCAAUUGCCGGGUGCCUCAACCUAUUUACUGAUGGUAGCUGUUUUCGGCAGAGUCAGCAACAUUUGCGAUUUGCUGCCUGGGCUGUGAUCAUUGCAUCCCCGGUUUUGGACAGUUUGCAGGGCACCCAUGUCCUCGAAAGUGGACCGCUCCCGGGGUUGCUUCAAAGUGCAGUGCGAGCAGAAUUGUUUGCAGUGGUUAGAGCCCUUGAAUUUGCCAUCACAUGUAAAGUUGACGUCACAGUGUGGUCUGACUGCAACGCUGUGGUCAGACGGAUGCGCCGUGUUCUGCAGGGAUCACAGAUCAAACCGAGCAGUGCGCAUGCAGAUUUGUGGACCCGUAUUGCUUGUUUGGUUUCCAACUGUACUAACACGGUCAAGAUUGAGAAGGUUGCAGCCCACAGAAAGAUUGCUUCUGCCAGUAAUGCCCACGAAGCAUGGAUUUUUCGUCAUAACCAAAUUGCUGACCGAGAAGCAGUAAAGGCUAAUCUCCGGCGAUCUCCUGCCUUUUGGGAACUUGUUUCACGACAUGAUGCUGCAGUUGCGUAUGUUGAGGAUGUAAAUCAUUUCAAUCGGAAGGUUCUUUUACUCAUCAGCCAGGCAGUUGUGCGUGACACUCAAGUGGAUGAACAGUGUUUUGAAGCUGUGCCAGUAUCUGGAGUGACGAUGCCUCUUCCGAUUUGGACAGGGCUUCGACCGCUGACACUUCCGGCUCAAGCCAUUCGGUGGUAUGGGGAAGAUGUUGUCAGAAUUGUGGUUAGCUGGUUUUGGGAUGUUCUGUUUACCAGUACUGAGCCUAUUCGCUGGGUUAGCCACAUCCAACUGUAUGCAGAUUUCAUGGCCGCAACUGGGAAUCCGGGCCCGGUCAAACUCAACGGCUGGAGGGAUGGAGCCACUGUCCCGCAUUUGACUCUGAAAGGAUUUUCAUAUCGGCAGCGUGUGCGGUGGUUUACAAAGAUUCUUAAGGAGUGCUUACGCCAUAUGGGCCAAGAAAUCAAGUUUGCUGUUGGACUUCCCUGCUCGAACAUGGUAUGCAUGCACACAGGUGUUUUCGCAGUUCCUUGGCCUGAGUGCAGACUUCUGGCGGUCGAUCGUUGGCUUUAUAAGUUGGGAGACCCACUGCCUGCUAAACAUCUGGAAGAGCAAACCGGUACCAAAACCUAUGAUUUGUGGUGCAGGAAGGGUGGCGGAACAGGGUGGCAGGACAUUAAGGCUACUGAUUUGCGGUGCAGGAAGGGUGGCGGAACAGGGUGGCAGGACAUUAAGGUGACUGAUUUGUGGUGCAGGAAGGGUGGCGGAACAGGGCGGCAGGACAUUCAGGCGAUUGAUUUGUGGUGCAGGAAGGGUGGCGGAACAGGGUGGCAGGACAGUAAGGCUACUGAUUUGCGGUGCAGGAAAGGUCCCUUAACAGGGUGGCAGGACAUUAAGGCUACUGAUUAG